GUUAAGGAGUCAGCUCUCUGCCAUUGUUCUUGUUCUGGAAGUCUGCGAACAGGACGGGCGGCGCUGGUCGGGUACCGGACGGCAGUCUGUCGUUAUGACGGGCUCCGGUCCGAAGCUCGGGGUUCUGCUGCUGGUGGCGGUUCUGCUGCAGACCGUGGUCGUCACCAUCACCGUGCUGCACUUCACAACGGCUCUGAACUCGAUGAAAGAGACUUUUGCCAGGAGCAGUGUCUCCUGCCUGACAGGCGCUGACCUGCAGAGCGUCACGGCCGUGCGAGGGGAUCCAUGCUGGCAGGUCACUCAGCAGCUUCACCUCCUCAUCGAGAAGUCUCUGUCUCAGCAGUAUCAGAAGCAGAUUUCAUCAGCGGUGAGAGAUGAAGUAUCUCGGGUGCUGCCCUCACUUGUGAUGGACGACAAGACUUCGCCUCGCCCCAAGGUUGCGGCUCAUGUCACGGGCAGCUUCGUGCCCAAACUGGAGCGAGCAGGAGGAGCUCCAGUCUUUGCUGGGCGGCGAGUUUAUGGCCAGAAGAUCUCGUGGUGGGAAGGCCGGAAGGGGCUGGCCUUCCUUCAGGACGUCCAGCUGGUGGAAGGGGAGCUGGUGGUGUCGCAGCCCGGCCUCUACUACGUCUACGCCCAGACCUACUUCAGACACAGCCACUUGGAGGAGGACGGAGAGGACAGCGAGGAGGUGGAGGACAGGGGGAAGCCUCUGCUGCAGUACGUCUAUAAGAAGGUGAGCUCCUACCCAGCUCCCAUCCUGCUGAUGAAAACAAGCCGGACUUCCUGUUGGUCCCGGGGCUCCCAGUACUCUCUGCACUCCGCCCACCAGGGGGGGCUGUUCCCGCUCAGCACUGGCGAUCGCUUAUUUGUCACGGUGACCAAUGCAUCUGCUGUGGACAUGGACGAGGAGACCAGCUUCUUUGGUGCAUUUCUCAUCAGCUAGAGUAUCAGGUGCUGGACAGGGGAUCGUGAGUUUGCAGGAUGAAAUGCCUUAGAGGCUCUGCCGUGCUGUAAUGACAAACGUGGCAGCACUUAGACUUCUCCUAGAGUUUAAAACUGUAAAAGUGAGUCACGGAGAACAACAGUGCUUCUGUGGGGGGAGAAGACAGUGAUGUGGCUGUGCAUCAGAGCUAAUCAAGCCAAACAAACUUUUGUAUUUGAGUGUCUUAAAGUGAGUGUGGACUGGACUUUGCAAAGAUUUUCUGCAAACAGCUCUUUAAAAGGAAUCGUGGGGGUUAAUACACCCAACAACCGAACAUUUUGUCUACAUGAUACUUUGGCAUAACUGAACUUGGACUACAAAAUUGCUGCGAGAAAAAAAAAAUGGCAGAUUCACGAGAUUGUUAGCUGGAAGUCCAUGACCUUGUUUAGCAGUUCCACAGCAAGUACUGUGAGGCAAUAGACAAGAAAACGUAACAGGGAAUAGAGAAAACUGAACAGACUGAAAAAUAUGACCCAAAAAGAAUAUAAAGAUAUCUACACAGCACCGGGAGAGAAUAAACUUAAAUUUUCUGCACUCCUACAUGCUCAAAGUACACAAAAAAGUGUAUUUAAUGGCUAAAAAAGUGGAUUUUGCAUGAUAUGUCUCCUUUACGGUAGAAGUACUCUCAAAUUUUAAGGAUAUGCAAGUUUAAUUUCCAGCUAGACUAGACAUCUAACACCUGCCUGCCUAAUUUGUAGUUCUUCCCACUGAGCACUAGACCCAGUAUCCAGGCUGUGGAUAUGUCUCAUAUAGUUGUUAGAUCUUUAGCUAAAUGUAGACCAUCUAUUUGGCACACAGGUAAACGGUCUGUGUGAGAGCAAAAGGAGGAUUUCAUUUGAUAAAGCACAAUUCCUGAAUGGAUCCACUGGCUAUACUGGAACACCCCAAAAAAUGACAGUUGUUCCCAAAGGCAGCAGCCCAGCUCAUAGGGCCUCAGAUGUAGAAAUCAUGUAUAAAAGGGCAUGCCGUUUGGUUGCUCACAUUUCUCUCCAUUUUUUUGUAUCUGUUUUCCACCAGUAUGGUUCCAGUCUAGAACGGUUUCUAAACAUUUCCACGUCUGAUCCCACAAAUCUGGGUCCAAAGUCAGAACUGUUGAUCUCAGUGAUGAUUAAUUUUGAAACUGUCUGUGUUGGCUGGACAGGCUUCAAGUGCAUCACACACACAAAAAAAAAAAUCAAACCUUUAACCUUUAACAGUUAAAGCUUUAAGGUCUUUGGACUGAGGGAGCAAACUGGACCGUCUGGAGAACCACGCAGGCACAGGGAGAAUGUGAGAACGCCACAUAGAAAGACCCCACCUGGCCACGAGAUUCAAAUCAAGGAACCGUCUUGCUUUGUGGCAACAAUGCUAAACACCCGGCUCAGACACACACACACCUGCCACAUGCAAAGAAACACAAGUAAUACCAGCUGCAGUCAUUUUCACAAAAAACUCUGGUCUGCCAUUAAGAAAUGUUUGUAUAAACCUUAAUUUGAAUCCACACAUAAAUUUCAGUUGUAAAUAUUGUUCUAUAAUUAAAUUUUUUUUUUUCUAAUAAUCAUUUAACUAUUGAGUCUGGAGCUCCCGGUGGACUCUCUGCUCUUGAUUUUCCCGCAGUUGGAUGACAAACAUGUGGGUCAGAGUAUGAACCUCAGAGAUGAUUUACCGCCCUUCAGACACACUUCAGAUUCUGGCGGAUCGCGUUGACAGUCCUAUUGGGAAUAUAAAAUAGGGCUGCUUAUGGACCAUACUUUGUGGUGCACUUCUGUCUGCAGCAGGACCGCAGUCUCUCUCUCUCUGCUGUCAGACUUCCAGCACGUUGGCUCAUCCACUCUGGUCUUUCUCCAAGAGGUGCAUUAAAUGCUCCUUUACAGUUGGUAUUCAUGCUAUGUUGGAUUAAAUGCAGAUGUGACUCACAGACUCGGGAAAAUGAUCUGCAUCUAAACAGCAAAAAUGUGUUUUUUUUCUUGUCUCUGUAGCUCCGUUGCUUCCCACGUUUAUGUAGUGAACACUGCAGCAGAUGCUUUCCAAGGUCAUUCAAAUUAAAAAACCCAUUUUCACACAUGCUCUGCAGCCCUGAACCUUCCUAGACAUAACCAUAGGUGCAUGAUGGAAAACAAAUGUUUGAGGCAGUCAAAUAGGACUCUAACCUGAUUUAACCUCCAGGCUCCCUUGUAUAAAGUCCCAGUGAUGUUGCUGCGAGAGUAUUUUUUAAUUUAGCAGCUAUUAUUUGGUACACCGCUAAUGAUGGAACACCAACAAGGAAGGAAUUUGAAAAAAAGUUUAUUGAAAAAAAGUCCAAAAGCCUUAAAAGUGCUAAGACAUGAAAGCAGAAUAGAGUAAAUAAGGUGAUAAGGUGCUGAUCAAACAAACAGUUUGUUUGAAUUUAUACGUUUUUUUUCCUCCAGUUUCUGGUUGUUUUAAGCAGCUGGCCUUAAAUUUCACUCUUAGUAGAAUUAAAAAUAAAAUCUUAAUUCUUGAACUGCAGGAAGCCCGGAAAAGUGGCAUCUUUUAAUCUAGAGACUUACUAAGGUGAAUAUUCCAAAUAUACCCCGUAAAAUGUUACCAUCAUCGGCUUACAAAGGCUGAAGGACGCAGCUGAAUGCACCACACUACAUCAAGUGAUGAAACUCUGCACGAUGAAUACUUUUCAUCUGGUUAUAAAUACUGUGUCGAGUCUCCUCAUUAAAGAUGUUACAUUCACUGAUGGAGGCAGCAACAUUCACUGUAUUACUCAUGUAAAUAAAAGCAAAAAUGUGGCUUCAUGUUCAUGUUGGGGUUUAUUAAUUGUGAAGUGGAUGCGUUACAAAUCAGUCCAUUAUCCUUUUCACUCCGGAUCAGAACCUGUCCCGUACCUCACGUUCAGCCUGCAGGUGCAAACAUCCACCUGUGCGCAGUCCUCUUUGUCCACUUCAGUUUACGCGCAGGAAACGCAUCAAAAAUGGACGCUCAUCAGGUUGUUAAGAAUCCAGUUCUUUACCAGACAGAUUAAAACUGAAUGUGAAUGUAAAUAAUCCAAUGUUUGUGGGUGUAAAUAUGUGAAAUAAAGACUUAAUAAAAAGCUCUUCGAGUUGUUGACUAUCGUA